AUGCCGAAUUGUUUCGGCGCGAUUGAUGGAAAGCACAUUGUUAUACAAGCUCCUCACAAGACUGGAACUAGUUACUUCAAUUAUAAAAGAACGUUCAGUAUUGUAUUAAUGGCAGUUUGUGAUGCAAACUACAUUUUUACUCUUGUUGAUGUUGGUGCUUUUGGAUCACAAAGUGACGGAGGAGUCUUCAAAGAAUCUGCUUUUGGAAUAGCUUUCGACAAUAAAGAAUUGGAAAUACCAAAAGAUAACUAUUUACCGGGAACUGACAUAAAGUUUCCAUAUUAUAUGGUUGCAGAUGAAGCGUUUUCUCUGAAAAGUUACAUCAUGUGA